GAAUUCUAAUUAUAAAAUAAUUUAGGGAAGCAUUACGUAAACCGAAACCAUAUAAUAUACGACCACCAGCUUGUUCUUUGAACUUUCCACACACUUAUAUCUGACCAAUUCUCUUUCUUACCACCUGCAUAGCGUUCUCUCUCUUUCUAUCUCCAAAUGAAGCUCCAAUCCAUUGAGCUUCCCUUUGGGAAAAACCAGUCACUACACAAGUCACCAAAGAUAGUUCUACUAGUAAUAUUCACCCUAGUUUUUCUCAUAGUCAUACCCUAUUACCCUUUGCUAAAGUACCCUCUAUAUCUUGUCAAAAAUUCUUCAGAACCCUCCUCUUUUUAUGAUUCCAAUGAUGAAUUAAUAAGUGUACAGUCCAUCAAUGAAAAGUGUGACUUGUUUUCUGGAGAAUGGAUUCCAAAUCCAGAUGCUCCAUACUACACAAACACAACGUGUUGGGCAAUACAUGAGCAUCAAAAUUGCAUGAAAUAUGGGAGACCAGAUAGUGAAUUCAUGAAAUGGAGGUGGAAACCACAUGAGUGUAACCUACCUAUUUUCAACCCAGCACAAUUCCUUGAAGUGGUCAGAGGAAAGUCUUUGGCCUUUGUUGGAGAUUCUGUGGGAAGAAACCAAAUGCAAUCCUUGAUUUGCCUCCUAUCUAGGGUAGAAUAUCCUAUAGACGUUUCAUACACACCGGAUGAGCAUUUCAAACGUUGGAGAUACAUGAGUUACAACUUCACCCUAGCCACUUUUUGGACACCUCAUUUAGUAAAAGGCGAGGAAGCAGACAAUAAUGGUCCAACCCACACAGGCCUCUUCAAUCUCUACCUUGAUGAGUUUGAUGAGGAAUGGACAACCCAAGUCGAAGAAUUUGACUACUUGAUCAUCUCUGCGGGCCAUUGGUUCUUCAGGCCAAUGGUAUACUAUGAAAAUCACCAAAUUGUUGGCUGCCAUUAUUGUCUUCUAGAUAAUGUUACCGACCUAACAAUGUACUAUGGUUACAGAAAAGCAUUUAGGACUGCCUUUAAAGCCAUUAAUAGCUUGAAAAACUACAAGGGUAUAACAUUUCUUAGGACUUAUGCACCAUCACAUUUUGAAAAUGGUUUGUGGAACCAAGGUGGGAAUUGUGUGAGAACUAAGCCAUUUAGGAGCAAUGAGAUAAAAUUGGACGAUCAAAAUUUAGAGCUGUACGUGGCCCAAGUGGAGGAAUUUAGGAAGGCAGAGAAAGAAGGGAAAAAGAAAGGUUUGAGAUACAGGUUACUUGAUACAACACAAGCAAUGUUAUUAAGACCAGAUGGUCACCCUAGUAGAUAUGGGCAUUGGCCACAUGAAAAUGUGACAUUGUACAAUGAUUGUGUGCACUGGUGCUUGCCAGGACCCAUCGACACUUGGAGUGACUUUCUUCUUGAGAUGUUGAAGAGGGAAGGUGUGAGAUCACACGAGGAGAAGCUUCAAUAUUUGAGUGACAGAAAAUUGCAAGUUAGAUAGAUUGAACUAUUAUUGUACUUAUAUAUGUUAAUUUAUUGCUCUCAUUUUUAAUUAAGUUUACGUAUCUCAAAUUUGUUUAAUAUGUACACGGUGGAUGAAAAUCGAAGAGACUAAGAGGGACAAAACCUCGCAUGUUGCUUUGUGGGUUUCUUUUA